GUGUUCUCAGUCGUUUUCAGUGGACCAGAGAUCUAGUUCAAUCGCCUGUCAUGGCCGAGCAAUUGAGGCUACGCGGUCACCUGAAGGGACACGGAGGAUGGGUGACGCAGAUUGCCACUUCUCGUCCCAGCAGACAUGAUCAUGUCCAGCUCAGGGAUAAGACGGUGAUAGUCUGGAACCUGUGCCGGGAGGAGGGCAACUACGGCACUGCCAAGAAGGCUCUUCGUGGCCACAACCACUUUGUCUCUGACGUGGUGGUCAGCUCUGACGGGAUGUUUGCUCUGUCUGGGUCCUGGGACGCCACUCUCCGUCUGUGGGACCUGCAGACUGGAAUUACCACCAGGAGGUUUGUUGGUCACACGAAGGACGUCAUGAGUGUCGCGUUCUCGGCCGACAACCGGCAGAUUGUGUCCGGGUCUCGAGACCACUCCAUCAAACUCUGGAACACCCUUGGAGUCUGCAAGUACACCAUUCAGGAUGACUGUCACACUGACUGGUGCAGCUGUGUCAGGUUCUCUCCCAACACUCAGAACCCGGUCAUUGUCUCCUGCGGCUGGGACAAACUUGUCAAGGUGUGGAACCUCACCAACUGCCGACUGAAGACCAAUCAUUUCGGCCACACUUCCUUCCUCAACUGCGUCACAGUCUCUCCGGACGGCUCUCUCUGUGCCUCUGGAGGAAAGGAUGGGAAUGCUAUGCUGUGGGACCUGAACGAGGCCAAGCACCUGUACACUCUCAAUGGCGGUGAUGUCAUCAACUCCCUCGUCUUCUCACCCAACAGGUACUGGCUGUGUGCUGCCACUGGACCAACUGUCAAGAUAUGGGACCUGGAGAGCAAGGCUCUGGUGGAUGAACUGAACGUUGACAGGCUCUCGACUCCUGCCGCAGUGGAGUGUGUCAGUCUGUCCUGGAGCAACGACGGACAGACUCUCUUUGCCGGAUACACAGAUGGACUGAUUAGAGUGUAUGACAUAGAGACUAUGUAGUGUUGCUGUUUUUAUUGGUUGCGAGAAGUGUUAUGUAAUAAUCUUAUAUAAGUUUCCCUGGACA